AUGCUAUGGCCUUGUUGGCAUGUUUCUCUUCAUUGUUUAUCCCGUCCUUUCUUACUCAUCUACCGCAUCCGGUCUGGCUCUGAAGAUGUCCCCCUUGUCUGUUCUUGCCUUUCACCUGCCUUGUACUUCAAAUACGUAGUUACCUCAUAUUACAGAGAUAUCUCGAAAUUGGGAAAUGGAAACCGCCGCUUCUCCAAUCAUGUGGAGCCUGCCAACCAGACCGACCGCAUUGAAUCUCGGCUUUUCCCUCUCGCUACUUGUCUCCCCGACUGCACCGUUCGUACCCUGAACCCUCUCGCAUCUCUAAAUCUCCCUCCUACUCGCUGGAAAGUCGUUGGCCUCCUUGCCGUCUCAACAACACGCCGCCCUUCCUUCUCCCAUCCUCCAUCACCCCAGGUCCCCCCAUGCACUUGUGUAACGUUUCUUGGCACCCACUCCUUGCCUUCUCAUCCUCCAUCUCAUAAUCUCAUUCUCAGCAAUGAGCUCAUUGUCUCCCCAUUCUUCUUCGUCCACACCAUUGGCUCGCUAUCAACUGCUCUGGCACCCUGCAACUCCAUGCCAGUGUUCCAUAAGUCCAACCAGCCUCAACCCUCUUUCUCCCGCUCUUGUUUUGUCAUCCCCAGAUACACUUCACUUGGGGUUGCAGUUCAAAACACUCAGACUUACCUGAAUAACCCAGGGGAUUGGUCUACAACACCGACGCCCUGCCUCCGAGCCUCCAAGAGCCUCGGUUUGGUGCCUCUUAUCCGUGCUGAUGAAGUCGUCAAAGAUGUCUCCGUACCUCUCCGCAAAUCACCUCCUGGUGCCGCCGCACUCUGCCAACGAACCUGCCAGUACCCGUUCCAAAUUACCGGUACGCUCGCAUCAUCUUAUUGCCCAUGGGCCAUCUUGCUCUCGCUAAGGCGGUACAUUCUGCCCCCCUUCCCCCGGUUCCUCGCUGCCGUCUUAUGGCUUCACUUUACCUGCAAUAACUCAAUUCGACUCGUCUCUCCGAUGCUGUCGCCGCGCCCGUUUCUACUUGAUUCGAUACUCGUCUGCUUGAUCCAGUCUCCAGGUGACCUGCAGACUAGCUCAACCAAACGCGCCGGGUAUCACUUUGGGUCUCUCCUAGCUACAGCAGCCAUGUUAGUUGCAAAGCUGCCCAACCAUCAACGGCCUCGGAGCCUUUCUGUGGUUGCUGGCCCUGCCUCUCAUAUACCUACUUACCUGACGAGCAUCUGCAGCUGGCGGCCUCUUAAUUGCGGACCUCUGCCCCAGGCUCCUCAUCCUACCCGGCUCGGCUUGCUUGGCUUGGCUUUGCAGCUCUCAUUUCAUCCCAUGAGCAGUAGCUGCUGCAGUCUGCAGCACCAGCACCGGCACCAGCACCAGGACGACUUCCCCUCACCGUCUCGACAGAGCUUGGCACCGUCCAUUCGGGGAAACUGGAAACCGGGGCAAGUGGCCGGACGCCACAACCUUGAGUUCCACACUCAACCGAAAGCGAGCGAGCAGACGCCGCGCGGGAAGAACCAGGAGGAUGCCCUGGUAUUGGUGCCAAGAACAAAUCACUUUUCCACUCGUGCUCUGGCUAGGCUCAGUCAGUAUAUGCCGGAACGGGCUUCUCGUCUACGGCGUAAUCUUUCCAUGUGCCCUCACCCCCGCGUCAGGCGCUCCUUUGGCGCGAAAGACAGCAUGAGCCUCUCGGAUGUCCCAAGAAGAAACAGUGCGUUGAUCUGUUUGACAACAAAUCCUGAACAUGAACGUCACCACCUCCGGCGCACACCACCUCACCUCACCUCACUGCACCUUGUAAAGCCAGGCGAAGCUCGUGCAAACAAGCUCGCAGCUCAGUGGCUCGUUUCGUUUACCCAGCAGUUCGGCGCAUUUUAUAAGUUCUGGUGUCGCCAAUACGGCGGCACCCUCCCGCUUUGCAGUGCUGCACCAAGCCGCCCGGCGGAAACGUCAGCCGGAACUGUUGGCGAGGCAUGUGCCGCGGCUGGCCACCUACACGGCAAGUCGUCGCGUCCCGAUGGAGCUAUCUGGCGGGAUUGGCUCAAACGGUCUCACCCUCACGCUCAAUUGGCUAUUCCAGCUAAUCAACACAACGUCUGGUGCAACUUGAAGAUGCAUCCCAAGCUUCCCUAG